CAAUCUUAGUUUGACUGUAACGAUGAUUGCAAUUGGUGCUGCUCAUCGCAUUAUCAUACAUUGUCCUAUCAAGACACGGUCACUACACCCCCCGCGCAUUAUAAUAGUAUUUCCCUCAUGGCCAUGCCAGAAUGGAUAUCUUGUUCCCAUGACCUGUUGUCCCAGUACUUGAAGCUUUGAAGCUCCGGAAUCCGUCACGACAGGCAGGACUAGACUAAGUGAUACGAGCUCAGGCGUUGUAACAUACUUAACCGGCUUCCACUGGCCAUCGUCGGGCGAUCGAACUGGAUGAAGUGAUUGACACGAUCAUAAAAUAUCUGGACUGUCAUGGCGGAUGUCUCACUCAUAGUACCCGUCCUGUUGGCUAACGGAUCUCUUCACCACCUCAGCGUAUCAUCCAAGGCACUUGCCCAGGACCUUAUCGGGGUACUUACCGUUCAGGAGGAAGUGAUAUCUGGCAUCCUCGGUGAGUUCCAGGAUACUGGCUGGGCCCUGCAGCACGUUCGUAGCCAACCGAAGGGUCGUAAAUGGGAAGAGGCAGAACUCGAAGCUCUUGGGGAUGGCAUCAUCGACCCGUCGACUCCCAUAGCUCCUUUGCUGGAAAAAUCAGACGAUCUAGCGAUAAAUGCGUCUCAGAGACACUUCUCCACGUUUCCUCUGACAUCCCAUUUGCAUUCCCCAGCACUACGCUUGGUUUCGCUACACGCGGCUCUGUCAUUGUCUCUCUCAUUUAUGCGCGUGCCCGAGAUUCAUGACGGGUUUAUUUGGACGGUGUAUUAUGCUCGGAGUUCAAUUGUAGAGGAUGUCAUUCGUUCUGUGGUUGAGGACUUGGGCCUUGCUAAGAGUUUACCAAUGGCCGGAGGGGGUAGCAUUGAGUACGUCAUUGAGGAAGGCGCUUCGAGGAUGUCAUCUUCAUUGGUAUUAUCUGACCUUGUCCAGGCAUCCUCGGCGAAUUCCCACCAGAAGCCUAUAUGGCGGUUCUGCGUACCAGAGGAAUGGUAUCUUCGCCCGCAAGCUCUUUCACCAUCCUCCAUGCAGCCUUCCGAAGACACCUUGAAGCGUUUUGAGGAGAUGCAAGUAGAAGAGGAUGAUGUACAGGGUACCGCAAAGCAGAAGAAGUCUACUCUCGAUGCCUUGACGGUGGAUCCUGGCACCACACGACCAGCUUCUCCAGAUUGGCGUGGUUCAAUCACGAGUAUGUUUGCGUGGCAGCAGUCGACACCUCCUGCCUCGCCACCGUCGUCCAAGAAACGCAAGAGCGUGAGCGAUCCGGUCCUCGUCCAGCAACAUACUGGUGCAAGCAUUACGUCGGUAUCGCAAUUAAGUAUUCCAGAAGAAGAAAUACUGGAGAUAGAUCGAGCCGAGUUCGAACGUUGCCUCGAUCACAUGGCAUUGAAAGGAGACGCAAGAGACAAGAUGCACCUAUUACCGGCUGCUAAGAAAUGGCAGAUUAUGGAACAAGAACGGGCUUUCCAUCCGACUCUCGACGGGAAGACUCCUCGACUAUCUCAGUCUACACAAGCCACACUGGGAGCUUCUGGCGGGGGAGCUUUCCUCCCUCGUUUGGUUCCCCAGCUAACGGGCGACUCAGGAAUACUGAAGCGAUUCUCCAUGGCGACUUGGGGCACAAGCACCGCUGCACCACAAGUCUUAUCUCCCGAUCCCAACCGAUCUAGCGGCGAAUCUGACAAAGUCGCGGAGACGAUGCAACCCCUGCAAUCACAGACUACUGGCAGUAUGUUCGGCAACUGGUGGACGUCUUCAGGUGGAGAGAAGAGCAUAGAAACAGAGAGUGCGAUAUCUGCGAAGCGAUAUGUGGACGGCUUGCGCAGAAUGAAGACGGAUUCUCGGCUCGUCAAACAUCUCAUUUCCCUCCGAGUACAUCUAUCUACUACAAAGUUACCGUGGAUCGAGGAUUUUGUUGCGGAAGAUGGGAUGAACGCAAUGGGUGGCGCGCUCGCAGUGCUCGUCGGCAAGGGCGGGAAGAGGAGGGUCCUAGCGGACAUGGAAAGCACAGUACUACUGGAGAUUAUCAAGUGCCUCAGGGUACUCCUCAAUACUCAGGCCGGAUUUGACAGCGUUUUGUCGUCUUCUACAAUCAUUACUCAUAUAGCGUAUUCCCUUUACGCCGCCUCUCUAAAGACACGGACGCUUUCUGCAGAACUUCUUGCCGCGAUCUGUGUAGUUUCGCUCAACCAGGGUCACAAGGCCGUUAUGGCGGCAUUGUCAGAAUACCGCAUCGCCUAUGAUGAACUGUACCGCUUCGAGUCUCUGGUCGCUGCUUUGCGUAUAUCAGAUGGCCAGAGUAAUGACGCUGCAGCCAACGGCGCCUCCUUACCUGAUGAGGAUGGUAUAUGGGAGGCACGAACUGCUUUCAUGGCCCUCAUCAAUGCGCUCACAAACUGUCCUGAGUCCCUGGAAGACCGCAUUUUGUUGCGUGAAGAGUUUGGGCGGCGAGGCUUGAAUGAAGCCAUAGUGACUCUCCGCUAUACGAAACCGCCGGACUCUUUACUGACUCAACUGGAUCUUUACAUGGAGGAGAAGUACGAGGAUGAAGAAGAUCUUCGAGAGCAAACGCGAAAAGCUGUGUGGGGCGGUGGGGGUCGCGGACGGGAGCGCUCUGAAUCAGAUAUCUUUCUGGAUGAUCUUCUACAAAGUGCGAGCGACGUGGAGCUCGGAUUUAUAUUAAUGAGUAUCUUGCGCCGCUUGUCUUCUAUCGUGAAGAGUGACGCUGAGUUGAACCUCAAAGUUGAUCAACUAGCUAUAGUGGAUACGUUUUUGGAUCAGAUCUCUACUGCAGAUGAUGUUGGCUUGGGCUGGAUCCCUCUGAUUACGAGGUUUCUUGAUGCAGUACGGCCCAUUACUGGCCAAGGUAUAAGCAUAGAUGCCGUCGAUGGUAGGGCAUCAUCGAAGAUGAAGCACGAGCUGGAAAGUCUUCGCGUCCAAAUAGAUGAUCUAAUUCAGGAGAACUCGGCACUCAAGACAAGGCUUGAACAACGCGCAGGAUCAAAUCAGCAGAAGCCGAGUUCUCCUAGCAAAGGAGGAAAUGAGAACAGACUUGUUCAACGGCUGAUGCAGAAGGAGAAGGAAGUUACUCAACUACAGGCGGAACUUGACCGCUUGAAUUCUCAAAUUUCGAACAACGCGCACGAUGCUGAGGAGCAAGCAAGGAAAGAACGCGAAAGGGCAAGGUUUCACUCCCUCCACGAAGAAAUGAACAAAAUGCAGCUUCAGUUGGGUAAAAUGAGUGACACUCUUUCCGCUAAAGACAAGGAGGUUUUAUACCUUAAACGCGCUCUUGAAUCAGUGUACUCACGCUUUCAAACGAGGGAAGAGGAAAGAGCUUCGGACAUGGACGCUCAGCUCAUUGCGAGCCGCACCAUCGAGAAUCUUGCCAAGCGAGAUAACGAACUCACAGCACUGAAGGCGGAGGUUUCAGGCCUCAAGCAGUUAUUAGCUACGAAAUCAACACCUAUGUCAGAAAUAGAGUUCAAAUCUCGGAAUGCGCCCCCUCCACCUCCACCGCAAGGUUUAAAGUAUAGAGCGAUUCUACGAACGCCCGAAGAAACAGAUGUCAGUGCAGUAUCGAAUGCGACCGGCGUCCCUCCGCCGCCGCCGCCGCCGCCUCCACCUCCACCUCCGUGGACUGUUCCACAGCGCAAAGAGUCCCCUCCUAUGGAGUCCAAGGACGUCAAUCAGGCUACCUUUCCCUCUCCUGCUCCUGCUCUUCCUGCUCCUGCUCCUCCUGCUCCUCCUGCUCCUCCUCCUCCACCACCACCGCCUCCGCCGCCUCCUCCCCCAUCAUUUACUUCUUCAGGUUCUGCACUUUCGUCACCUCCACCACCUCCACCACCGCCUCCACCCCCGCCGCCUCUCCCGCUCAACGAUUCACUAGCUCAGUUGCCACCAGGACCCCCCGGAACUCCACUUCCACCCCCACCCCCACCGAAUGGAUCUGCAAUCAGGAUAGGAAAUAAAGCCAAGGCCACCGGACCAAGAUUGAAGCCAUUCUUCUGGACAAAAAUCAAUAAUCAGAACUGCGGCACCACAGUCUGGGCGGAAUCGUCGAUAUCACUGGAUUUCAAGCUAGAUGACCUUGAAGCGACGUUCACAAUAGAUAAUACACCGAACUCACCUCCCAAAACCGCAAAUCCCACCCGGAAACAAAGUGUUACGACCCUUCUGGAUAUUACUCGCGCUAAUAAUAUCGCUAUCAUGCUCUCGCGGUUUAAAAUGACCUCUCCUGAAAUACGUCAAGCUCUGCUAAAUCUCGAUGACAAACUGUCCAUCGAUAACUUGAAAGCCAUCAGCAAGCAGCUACCAUCUCCGGAAGAGGUCCGUUAUUACUGACUGCCUUCUCGCUCUACUCCAACCUCUUAAAUGUCCUUGAUAAGAUCGCUCGUAUAAAGGAUUUCGGAGAUGUAAGCAAGCUAGCGACGGCUGAUCAAUAUCUGAGUGUCAUUAUGACGAUUCCGAGACUUCCGCAGCGGCUAGAGUGCACGAUAUAUCGUCAGAAGCUCGAACUCGAGAUCGAGGAAAUUCGUCCGGAUCU